AUGAGUAUCUUUUACAACUUCCUCCCCGCUAAGCCAGAAACGACGUCCCCAAGUUCACUAUCGAAGCUGACGCCAGACGAAGUUCCCUCGCUUCCGCUUGUCUCGCAUUACGUGUACGCGCUCCUUUCAUUACAUGUCUACGGCAUCGCUGACGCGCCUCCGCUGCCUAAACCCUGGAACCUCCACCUGACGGCCGCGGAAUUGGGGCUAGACAAAGAUGGCUACUUCGCUGCUUCAUAUAUAAAUGAAGAACUGCGUCACUGUAUCAUCGCUCACCGUGGAACGGCUGAUGCGUUGAGCUUGCGCUCGGGGGUUUGGUAUUACUUCAACGAAAGGACUAUCUUGUUUAGCCUGGCCCAACAAUUUUCCAAGCAGGUGCGGAUCCAUUUGAGUGCUACAAAGGGGGAAGGUGAAGGGGAGUGGUUCAUUAGUUAUACCGGUCAUAGCCUCGGUGCCGUACUUGCCGCAUGUCGUGCGGUAGAAGACCGAGCGCCUGCCAUCACGUUUGAGUCACCGGGGUGCAAACUAUUCAUUGAAAAUACCCUGUACCAGCAUAAGGCUGAUGACGGGGACAUCAUAACCUACCUCCGGGAGCCAAACCCGAUCAACACGCUUCGGCCGCAUUGUGGCUACAUUGUGCAACUGCAUCCCAUUCAAGACGAUGCAGUCGCGGCGCAGGCGGGAGCGGCGGUGGCAUCCAAACCGCGUUUGGCGGCCAUAUUUAAUGCUCAGGAGGCUGUACGUGGAUUGUUUCAACGGGCAGCGGGAAUACCUGACAUUCAGCACUAUCUGGGAAAAAUUGAACCACUCAUACGGGAGAUGGUGGAACACACGCAGCAAGCGCACUCCAUGAGCUCAGUCCUCAGGCACUUUAAAGAGAAUGAAGAACCAUUAGCGUACGCGGUGCUGCGUUGGCCAGAAAACGCACUGCAGUUCAUGGAGUUUUACAACGCAAAAAAGGUUUUGGAGGUUCGUGAGAACACGCAGCAAAACCUCGUAGCUGCGUAUGAGUCGUUGAUCCGCACCAUGUACGUUGUAGUGGAGCAUCCGAAGAAUAGUCUGCCGCUAAGGUAUCUCAGCAAAGAUGCACUUAAGUUGCUCCGAUUGUGGUCGAGGGAAUCCCCCUCAAAGCUGGCACGUAUGCCAUUUACAGAGAUGGAUCACAAGGUGCUCAAUACCAUAAUCAUAGAAGACGGCUGUAUGCGCACUUCCGUUCUUACUGCGUUCCAGGCCAAACAGUAUAUUUCUCUUGUUGUUUUCAAGCCCGAGAUCCGCCAAGUACUCGACAGACUGCUUUUGGAUCCCCUCCUGGAAAAUGCGAGCAAAAUGUGA